AUACAGUUAUACAAUAUUUAAAACUUAAAUUCCUUCGUCAUUGUUCUGUUGCCAUAAAAGGGUUCAACAGCUUGUAGGAACUGAUAGGAAGCAGAUGAUUUUUUGUUUUUGCAUAAAUCUACGCUAGUAUCUUUAAGGGACCAUAAAGGGACAGAAGGUGUGCAGGACCUAAGGCUAAAGGACUCCGAUACGGCUCUUCUCUGGUGCUUUCCUUUGUCCUGAACCCUCAGCGUCUGCCCAUAUCCCUUAGUCAUCAAUUCCAUUUCCCGGGGGUUUUGGAAAGCCAUGGGGAUUGGCAAAAACACCACUUCGAAAUCCGUAGAAACUGGAAACCCAGCGGAGGCCAAGUAUGAGGAUGAAGCCAAGCACACGGCUUUCUUCACGUUGCCAGCUGUAAUAAGUGGAGGAGCAACCUCAAGUGGCGAUCAAGAUACAGAAGACACAGAACUUAUGGCAAUCUAUACCACAGAAAAUGGAAUUGCAGAAAAGAGUUCUCUGGCAGAAACCCUUGACAGCAGUGGAAGCUCAGACGCACAAAGAACGGACAUGAUCUACACAAUUGAGGAUGUUCCACCGUGGUAUCUCUGCAUAUUCUUGGGGUUACAGCAUUACCUGACCUGUUUCAGUGGCACCAUAGCAGUGCCCUUCUUGCUAGCAGAUGCCAUGUGUGUUGGAUUUGAUCAGUGGGCCACCAGCCAAUUGAUUGGGACCAUAUUUUUCUGUGUUGGAAUCACAACUUUGUUGCAAACAACAUUUGGGUGCAGGUUACCCUUGUUUCAGGCUAGUGCUUUUGCAUUCUUGGCUCCCGCUAGAGCCAUCCUCUCUCUGGACAAAUGGAAGUGUAAUAACACAGCUGUAAUGGCGACAAACGGAACAUCGGAACUGCUGAAUACAGAGCAUAUCUGGUAUCCCAGAAUACGAGAGAUCCAAGGUGCUAUUAUCAUGUCUUCUUUGAUAGAAGUGGUGAUUGGGUUCCUGGGCCUGCCCGGAGCACUCUUGCGAUACAUUGGACCUCUGACUAUCACACCCACAGUAGCUCUCAUUGGGCUCUCUGGGUUCCAGGCUGCAGGCGAGAGAGCAGGCAAACACUGGGGCAUAGCCAUGCUGACUAUUUUCUUAGUGCUGUUGUUUUCUCAGUAUGCCCGAAAUGUCAAAUUGCCAUUACCCAUUUACAAGUCCAAAAAAGGAUGGACUGCCUAUCGCUUGCAGCUUUUUAAAAUGUUUCCUAUCAUUCUAGCUAUCCUGGUUUCUUGGCUGCUAUGUUUCAUCUUUACUGUGACGGACGUCUUUCCACCUGAUAACACUAAGUAUGGAUUCUACGCUCGCACUGACGCCAGGCAAGGGGUUCUCCUGGUAGCUCCCUGGUUCAAGAUCCCAUAUCCCUUUCAGUGGGGAUUACCGACCAUUUCAGCUGCUGGUGUGAUUGGGAUGCUCAGUGCUGUGGUUGCUAGUAUUAUUGAAUCCAUUGGUGAUUAUUACGCCUGUGCAAGAUUAUCUUGUGCUCCUCCACCACCCAUCCAUGCAAUCAACAGGGGCAUUUUCAUAGAAGGCCUUUCCUGUGUAUUAGAUGGAGUGUUUGGCACCGGAAAUGGAUCGACCUCUUCUAGUCCUAACAUUGGAGUUUUAGGAAUUACAAAGGUUGGAAGCCGGCGGGUUAUUCAGUACGGCGCUGCUUUCAUGCUGCUACUUGGAACAGUUGGCAAAUUCAGUGCGCUGUUUGCAUCUCUUCCAGAUCCAGUGCUGGGAGCUCUCUUUUGUACUCUCUUUGGGAUGAUCACUGCAGUUGGACUUUCAAACCUGCAAUUCAUUGAUCUGAAUUCUUCCCGGAACCUUUUUGUUCUUGGAUUUUCUAUCUUCUUUGGGCUGGUGCUCCCAAGUUACCUUCGGCAAAACCCACUUUUUACAGGAAUCGACAGCAUUGAUCAAGUCCUCAACGUCUUGCUGACUACCGCUAUGUUUGUGGGCGGCUGUGUGGCCUUUAUUUUAGAUAACACCAUUCCAGGCAGCCCAGAAGAGAGAGGCAUCCGGAAAUGGAAGAAGGGAUCAGGCAAGGGCGGGAAGUCCCUAGAAGGUCUGGAAAGCUACGACUUGCCUUUCGGCAUGGAGUUCGUCAAGAAGUACAGAUGCUUCAGCUUCCUGCCCAUCAGCCCCACCUUCCUGGGCUACAGCUGGAAAGGCUUCCGGAAAGGCAGUAACUGCGGGACUUCGGAGGACGAUUCGGAGGCCGCCGUAUAGCCCCGGCUGGACCUCGGUCUCCCGGCUAUCCUCACAGACCCUUGUGCAGUUUCUGGCUACUUUACCGUGUUGUAUUGUAUUGUAUUUUUAUUUUUAAUUUUAUUAUUUUGUAUAUUUGCAUUUUUAAAUCCUGGAACUUAGAGCCGAGGCAGGUGAUUUGAAACAAAAAAAGGAAAAAGUAGCUUUCCCUAUUGUAGACGGUGAUAGCAACCUGUAACGUCUCUCUAAACAGUUACACGGUAUUUUGUGUGGGCAUUCGGAAGAAGAAGAAGAAGAAGAAGAAAAAGGACUCCUUUGGGGAUUAGAUGCUUUUAUGUUGGGCAAAACUGCUUUAGAAACAACCCCAAUAAGAUGGUUCAAGGGCCUGUAUGUAGCAGCACUCAGGCAGGCCGAAUUUAUCCUCUUUGCAGUUUCUACAUUCCAUUUAUUUUUAAGCCUGCAUCACCUUAAACCCAAACCCUGCAUAAGUCAUUGGUAUUAUGUAUAUAAACUGUUGCAGCAGAGCCUCUAAUACGGUAAAUCAGGACCAGUGGCAGGGGGGGUAUUUCCAGGGUGCUUGUGGGAUGGGGGGCAGCCGGCCAGAAUUUGCUCUCAUGACCAGUUAGAAGGUUGCAGGCGAUGCUCCUGGAACAUUGCAAGCCUCAGAAGAAAGGGGGAGGGGAUGGCGGUGGGAAAGGGAAACUUCACCCCCUUUUUUUGACUUUUCCCAGCUGUAUUCCAGCACAAAAAUUAAGAUUCCGGAUGACUGGAAUCUGGCUGGCUGGUCGGUCUCAGACUGGGGGCGCCUGUUCAAAACUUUGGAAGCUGGGAUUGUUUUUCCCUGCCACGCCCUCCCGUUCUUCACCCCAGCAGCACUUUCCAUGUUCCCCAAUUCCGGCUGCAGUGGAUCAUGGAGGCUUUGCCCUGAAUGCAGGAAGAGAGAGAAAGCCAGGAACCCGCCUGCUCCUGGCACCCCUGUGGUGGAGAAGGGGCAGAGGGGGGGCGGCCAUCAAGUUGCUUUUCUUCACCCAGACAGCAGUGAGGCUGCACGGCACGUCAAGUCUGAGUCCCUUCAAAAGGUUUUGCGGUGGGUGCAGAGAGGCAGCCCUGUGGUGGCGCCUUUUUCCCCUUGAGAUGGGGUGUCUGCUGUGGAAGGAGGGGGGAUUCCCAACUCUCGGGUGCUCUAGGACCCUUCUUUGGCCUUGCUACUGAAAUGCCUGGCAGCUUUACUAAGAGAUUCAUAGCCUACGGUACAAGUUGGUUUUGUACAAUAAUAAUAAUAACAACUAUUUAUUAAGCGCUUGAGUUGUAAAGCAGUCCCUUUGUCUCCGGGCCUCUCCAUUUCCAGACACACUUUGGCCAACUCCCAGAGCGAGAGACAGGUGGCCUUGCCUUUUCCCGCCCUCUUUCCCCCCCAGUGGAACCCAGGGUCCCUUGCAAGGGGAGGAGAGGCGCUACACGUGUCAUCGCUGUCUGCCAAACAGUUUAACGGGUAUUGGGGUCCCUCCGUGGGCCCCAUUCAGUCUCUUCGUGUUGUGGGGUUUUUUCCCCCCCCCUUCCCCGAACUGAUCUUGGCUCUGAUAUUGUGCAGCUGUUGAAACCCUUGUAAGAAUGUAUUCCUAUUUAAUGUUCUCGCUGUAACAGCUUAGUUUGUAGAUACAGGUGAGUUAGCUUUCCUUGCUCUUCUCCCCACCCAUCCCCCAAGGUAGCGCCCAAAUUGUUCCCUUUUUUUAAGAAAGAAAAAGAAAAGAAAAAAAAAAGUUGCAGGAAGAUUUGUCAGAGAGGCAUUAGGGGAUUUUAAGGCCAGUACGCUCUGACCAAGCUGCUCACGGAUGUCGUUGUGGUGGAUGGCAAAUCCUGCAGAUGGUUGUUGGUUGGCUGCUCAAGGAUGGCUAGUAGAGGGGAGGCCCAAACGGCAUUUCUUUCCUCUUGAGACUUUCUUCCAGAGCUUUCGGUACUUUGCAUCUUUAGAAUCAAGCCUGCAAGAAGGUCCCCCUUCAUUAUUUUUUAAAAUCGGAAUUUGUGCUCUUUUCUUUGAAAACAAGGCCUCCUGCGGCUUGCAGGGAUCUAUGACACUAAGGCCUUCCUUGCAUUCACCUGGACCUCUUUCCGAGAAAUGCUUCCUUGGGAUCACACGACAAGGCUGCCAUCGUGGGCAUAUUUACCUAAGGAGUUAACGCAACUGAGUGUAGCCCCAAGUUUUGAAUUAGUUUAGAACAGGGGUCCCCAAACUUGGCCGCUUUAAGACUUGUGGACUUCAACUCCCAGAAUUCUCCAGCCAGCAGAGCUGGAUAGACUUGUGGACUUCAUAGCUGGCUGGAGAAUUCUGGGAGUUGAAGUCCACAAGUCUUAAAGCGGCCAAGUUUGAAGACCUCUGGUUUAGAAGGACCAAGCUCCGUGUUUAGUCCCCCCCCCCUUAUAUUUAGGUGAACCAAAGAAAGAAAGGAAGGCGGAAAGAACAGCUGCCCUGCGUUUGGUGGUGGUUGUAAUCUUGUCAAAUGCCAAAGCCUGUUCGGUUUACAUACAUUACAGAAGCAAAAACGUUGCACAGCCAGAAUAUUGGAAGACUGUAAUAUAUUCUGAUUUGGGUCCUAGUCUCUCUCUCUCUCUUUUUGUCUUCUGCUUUGAUGCUUUGCUAAAGCAAACCUCAAAUGACCCUGGUUGUGAAACAGUGCUAUCUAUCUCUCACCUUUGCACAUUUGUUUCCACACGCUUAGCCAAGAGUAAAAGUGCGUAGCAAAUAAAACACGCAGCUACCGCUGGUAAGACGUGUAUUUUGAGCACUGCAGUUUCCGAAUAACAACUGUGGCACACUGCAAACCUUACUUUAUCUGAUUCCAAUCAGAUGUAAUGAUGAUGAUCUGAGUGUCUAUUUGUACGUUACACAGAAGCAAGGAAGGAAGGAGCUUCGUUCCUCCCAUUAAAAAACCCAAAGUCUUGCUUUCCUGAGACUUCCUCACCCAGAAUGCAGCGCUGAUGCCUAGAAAUGGUAUCUUAAUCUCUGCUAAUGCAGUUGUAGUAGCUGCGUCGGCAGGACUGCGAGCUGAGGGAAAUGCUUGGGACGGGCAGCAUUGAUUCUGAUUUGCUAAAACGAUUCAAUCAUGAAAUUUGUUGAGGGAAGCCAGGCCCUCCUGAAGAGCUGGUUUUACUGUACAGAGGCAUUCUGUUCACCCUACAAAAGUAGCCAGGAAAGGAUCCUGUCCAUCUGUCGUGGCGCUUCUUCCCGUGGCAAUAAUAUCGAAGCCCCCCAGAUCCAAAUUCCCAGGAGGUUCAAUGUUUCUGCAGCUGUAAGAACAAAAAGAAACCGAAUGUCAGUCCUCAACAGACUUGGUCUGAUUAUUAUUUAUUUAUUUUUAAUUUAAGCUCUUUGGGGGAGAGUUGGUAGCUGAAUUGUGGAGUACGUGGCUGGAAGUGGUUCAUGUCCAUGGAAGGGGGAGCAGGAGGGAUUUUUUUCCUUGCAUCUUUUCCUUUGUUGGUUGAUGAAAGUGUUGCAUGGAUCUGAGCUGCUUCUUGGUGGGCUUGUAAGUGCUGUGUCCUAAGUAGAGCGUCAGGACAGGAACGCUGAAAUCGGUUUACUUAGGAGAGAGCCUGAAAUCAAUGGAUAUUCCUUGGAAUGAGGGGUGGGUGGGAUGUGGGUGCAGGGGAGGGGGUGUAAAAUGCGUCUAUGUAUUUUAGCUGAAAAAAAAAGUAAAAAAGCAAGACACUUUGAAUUGUGUCUUUGUGCAUAGUUAUCUGGCUUUCAGCCAUCGGAGGAGAGAAUGUUGUGUACAGAGAAAUAUGUAAGGGAAGGGGAAAUUUAUUUCAUUUAAAUUAAAAGAAAUACUAAGAAACACUGCUAUGUCACGUUGAAGAUGUAAAGACAAAUAUUCAGAACAAAAUAAUUUGAAAAACUUUGUUUUUAAAGUAAAAAUAUCAUGACUUUUUUUGUUAAAUUAAGUAUUUUGAAAAAAAAAGAUGUUUGAAUGUGUUUUAUAAAACGAUGCCUCUUAAAUUUAUAUUUAAUUGUUAAUUUUAUCCAUGAAUAACAAAAACGUAUUAAUCAGAAAAUCUGUAUCAGGGGAAAAAAUGGUUUUUAAAUUUACAGUUGGUUUUACACCGUUUAAUACUGACUUUCAAUGUGACAACUUUGUACAUGAGCAUUGCAGUAUUUUUGUUUCCAUAAGCUUAAAAAGCAAAAAAAACAAAUAAAACCAA